ACAAUGUUCCGACAAUUUCGAUGACGGAUACAGGGUGAGUGAGAUCCUCGAUUGGUCUGCUAGUCCAAUAUGAUAAUAAUCAUAAUAACCACAGCUGUCUUAUCGUGUCUGUCAUACUAAAUUGGAUAAACGUCGUUUCAAAUGUAAUGAUAGGCGGUGAGCUAUGCAACUCCAAUGUCUUAUUCGUAUCAACUUGACUGAAACAUCAUGCAAUUCAUCAUACUUUUCCGGUUACGUGCUGUAUAUCAGGGCUCCAGAAAGGUUAUGAUAUUUCUCAUUGUUACCUUCCUGGCUGUCAACAUCGUCUACUGCGCUUUCGCCGCGAUAACAACGAGCCAUAUGUCAGGGGAGGAGCUCAUUCGUUCUUGCACCUAUCUGUGCAAGGUCACCUUGAAGUGGCGAGAUAGUACAUAUCUGUAUACCGCGACUUGAAAACUCACUACCGCAUGGGAGGUCGCCGCACUGUGUCUCACAGCCUGGAUUGCUGUAAAACACUUUCGUGAACUGCGACGGCAUUCGGCAAGAGAUAUCAUCGAGAGCGGUUUAAUGGUAUUAACGAAAUCCCAUGUGGCUUACUUUGCAAGUUUUGUUGUUGCUUCUUGUCUCGAGCUUGGUUAUUUGUCUCCUGCGAUCUCAGCGUCAGUAUGUCGAACUUUCCCUGACCUCUAUAUAUGACCAUUGUUCAUCGUUUCUAUAGAACUCAAAUUCCCUAGGACCUCCGAUUUACACUGGCGUUGCCAGUAUUUUUUUGCUCAUGCAAUUAUUUGUGCUGGGAUCACGCCUAGUCCUUGGCAUUCGAGAACAUUACGCUCGAGUCGAGGCUGACUCCUAUGCAG